CCCGGGCUGGGGCGCGCCGGCAGGCGGGAGCCGGGCGGCGGCCGGGCGGUGCUCUCCCGCCGCCUGAGUGGGCGCGGCGCGGAGCGGAGCGGGACGUCGGCGCGGGGUGCCGGGAGCCAUGGGCUAUUGCAGCGGCCGGUGCACGCUGGUGGCGGUGUGCGGCGCGCAGCUGGUUACUGUGCUCGAGAGGCAAAUAUUUGACUUCCUUGGUUAUCAGUGGGCACCCAUCCUGGCAAAUUUUAUACACAUUAUUAUAGUCAUACUUGGCUUAUUUGGAACCAUCCAGUAUAGACCUCGUUACAUAACAGGAUAUGCUGUCUGGCUGGUCCUUUGGGUUACGUGGAACGUGUUUGUUAUCUGCUUCUACUUGGAGGCUGGGGACCUUUCAAAGGAAACAGAUCUCAUCCUGACCUUUAAUAUCUCAAUGCAUCGCUCCUGGUGGAUGGAGAAUGGGCCAGGAUGCACCGUGACCUCAGUAACCCCAGCACCAGACUGGGCACCAGAGGACCAUCGUUACAUCACUGUCUCGGGGUGUUUGCUGGAAUAUCAGUACAUAGAAGUGGCUCACAGUUCUCUUCAGAUCUUCCUUGCACUGGCGGGCUUCAUCUACGCCUGUUAUGUCGUGAAAUGUAUUACUGAAGAAGAGGACAGCUUUGAUUUCAUAGGUGGGUUUGACUCUUACGGCUAUCAAGGUCCACAGAAGACAUCUCAUUUACAGCUACAGCCCAUGUAUAUGUCAAAGUAAACAAAGGGGCUACUCAAUGUGGGCUGAAGGACCUGUCAAAGAAACUGUUUCAGGAUGUCCCCCUGGCUCCUCAAAGAGAGAGAGAGAAAAAAAAAAAGUCCCGUUUUGUGCUGAAAAAAACCACAAAACAGCAGCUGAUUGAACAGCGAGACAAAAAAAUUAACACACACCUUCAGCCCCUCUUUCUUAACAGGUACUAAGUACUAAGGGAUAUGUCCCAGACCCCCCACCUUGGACCUCCUGCCUCCCAACACCAGAGGACCAGAGCAGAGGCAUUGGUGCCACCUUCUGGCUCUUCCCUCCUCCUAGCCACGGCCGGCGUGGCCCUCCUGGACUGAGACAUGAGCCCAGCUCCCCCGGUGCUUUCGGAGCCCCCUGGCCGUGUCGAGUCUCCUUAGGCAACGCAACCCUCCCGACACCAGGAUGACCUUGCAGCAGAAGUUCAACGGACAGCACGUCGUUUGCCCUGAAGGCUGUACAGUUCAUACUUGCCUUAACCCAACUGUGUUGCACAUCAGAGAAACUCCGUGCAGGCUUUCUGAAGUAACAAAUGCUGCUGUUAAAUUCUGAACGAUUUCUAAGUCAGUGGUUUUCUUCUGGGUUUUGUUGGUUGUUUUCUUUCGGCGG